CAAACAACGUACAAAAACAUUCUGCACAACAAAACAAAUUGAAUUCUUAAAGAAAACAGUUAAAUAAUUGAUAUACUAAAGGAAUAAUCGAGUGCAACAAGGGUGCGUUAGACAUACGUAAAUUGAAAUUUAACAAGUGCGACGUAAAUUCCGUGGCUUACGCACUAGCACGUGUAAGUAAGCGGGGGAGGUGAGGUGGUGAUUUGGAAUGUAUUGGAUUCUAUUCGGAAUCUACGCAAUAAUUUAACGCAUCAAACGAUACGCAACGUAAAAAGCGCGCAAAAUUAAUUGCCAGUGUUUCAUAAGUUAAUGUAACGCGAAGUGCAUUUACAUACAUACAUACAACUGUAUAUGUGCAUAUGCAUGCGAAUGUGUGUGUGUGUAACUUCGUGUAUGUGAGAGAGCACCUGCUGCAAAUUUGCUGCUGACGUGUGCAGAAGCACGCACGAAGCAAACGACAGGAUAACAACAACAAUAAUUAAACGAAUGCAGCAGCAACAACAAGUAUAAAUGCAAAUUGCACGACAAAAGUUAACGAAGCGCCAGCUGAUACACACACAAAUUUAUCAAGCAACAAGAAGAAAUUACAAGAAAAAUCCUGCUCAGGAAUAAAAUUGCACACACAGGCACUUGAAGAAGCGCGACAAAGCGCAAUAAGCCAAAAAGAAACAAAAAAGGGCGCACAAAACAAGGUGGAAAGUAAAAAAGUUGUUUGUCAACUUGUUGGCGUCCAUUGCACACACACACACACACACACUCACACAAAUACACACAGCACACAUCCUCUUUGCCUUUUCCACCUCUCCCUCUCCCAACUGUUUGCUCAAAUGUUGCAGCAACAGAGUGUCUGGCUGUACCGCUGCAGCAAGCCUAAAGUGUACAACUCCUCGCGCACGUCCUCGGGCUAAACUGCUGCUAAACGUCGUUACCAAGUCCAAAUCAACAGCGCGACAUGUCCACGGUAACGCGCAGCGCGAGCGCCAGUCCCUGCAUGGCGCUCAAUGGCAUUAUAGACGCUACACUGUUUCCACUCAAGUCCACCAAGGAUGUUGUUAAUCUCUUUCGACGCGCUCUCACAAGCGCCAUCGAGCCCGAUCUCACGAUGCUCUCCAUUGUUGUGGGCUACAUUGAACUCUCGCUUACGACAGGUGAAGCAGCGGCGCAGGCGGCACAAGCAGCUCUAGCCAGCAACGGCGACGUCAUCAUGGGCAACAGCGUGCCCUUUCCCGUGGUUACCCAUGAGCUCAUUGCCGGGCUGUAUAAAAAGUUUCAAACCAUUUUGUCAGUGGUCGACAAACCCAAACCGCAUCGACAGGCAACGCGUGAGAUUAUUAAAAAGGUGUCGGAUGUCAUUUGGAACUCGCUGAUAAGAAGCAGCUACAAGGAUCGCGCGCAUUUGCAGAAUCUCUAUAGUUAUCUAUCGGGGAACAAGCUGGAUUGCUUUGGCGUUGCAUUGGCCACUACCGCAGGCUGUCAGCUGCUUGGCUAUAAGGAUGUGCGCCUGGCUAUAUCCGAGGAUCAUGCCUGGGUUGUGUUUGGGCAGAAGCAUGUGGAAAGCAUUGAGGUUACAUGGCACGGCAAGGGCAGCGAGGAUAAACGAGGUCAGGACAUAGGCGCUGGCAUUGAAUCAGGCUCAUGGUUAUACCUUGGCGGCUUGGCUGUGGUUUGUGAGCGCGGCAUGGAGGUGGCGGCCAUUUGUGUGGCCUUGAAUAUAUCCUUGAGCGCCAAUAGCGAUUGUGUGGAGGUGGCAGAGCUGCAGCAACAGCUGCUCUGGCUGCUCUAUGAGCUGGGACAUCUGAAGCGUUAUCCCAUGGCGUUGGGCUUGCUUGGCGAACUGGAGGAAAUUAAUCGCACGCAUCGAAGCAUUAGCUGCGAGCAGCUCUUUCGCGAGGCCAUUGAAUCCGCGCGCAGCUUUUAUCACAACCAUCAUGUCUAUCCGCACAUUUUCCAGGGCAACUACUACAAUCGUCUGGUCAAGUACCGCGAGGCUUUUGCCGCCUGGGCCAAUGCAGCGGAUGUAAUACGUCUGUACACCUAUCAGUGCCGCGAUGAUGAGGAAAUCUACAAGGAGCUGCUGGACAUUGCCAACGAGCUUAUACCGUAUAUCAUGAAGACCGAGAGUUCGGGACAUUCGGCACGCAGCAUUCUACGCGAUGCAGAAGUAUUUGCCAAUCUCUUAAGAUUUUAUGAUGGCAUCUGCCAGUGGGAGGAAGAUAGUCUAACUCCUAUACUGCAUAUAGGCUGGGCCAAGCCGCUUGUGAACAAUAUUACCAAAUUCGACUAUGAUAUACGCUCCCAGGUGGUCAUCAAGCUGCCUGAGGACAUAGAGGCUGAACAGGCAGCCGCUUUGGAGGCUAAGAAGGAAUCCUCGCAAGAGGGUAACAACAACAACAACAACGUCAACAAUAAUACGCUGUCUAAAAAGGAUGAAAAAACCAAAUCGGAGCUGCCCACAACUUUGGCGGAUCUGACAGCUGCCUGUGGUGAAAAGAUUCUUAAUCCGGAUUUUCUGCUUCAAGGCGGCGGUCAGCCCUUUGCUGAGCAAAAGCAGCAGGCGUUAGGCGCAGCUGACAGCAACAAUCACAAAAAGGAGGCUAUAACAUCAACAUCAACAACAACAACAAGCAAUGGCAGUGGUAGCAACGCUGCAUCGCAAAGCGAGGCUAGCAGUGAACAGGAGCAGAGAGAAGCUAAAUUGGAGCAGAGCAAGCAACAGCAAGCAGUGGAUGACUAUGAUCCAUUUGAGAUAAUGCUCAAGCGUCCAGUCAUCACAUUGUACAGCCAGAAGAUGAAGGGAUUAAAGGAUCUGUUGCUGGCCGAGAAGCUCAAUACGCAUGCCAUCUCGCUGCAGGUGACGGCGCAGUCAGUGGCAUCGCGCAAGGUGCGUGGCGUAGCGGACAGUCGACAGGCGGCCAAUGUAACGGCUACCAUAACAGCCAUAGCAUCGGGGGAGAGCAGCACUGCUGCUGCUGCUGGAGGCGGAGGAGCAGCAGCGGGUGGUGGAGGAGCCACGGGAUCUGGAGAUUCAAUUGCAGCAACGCGUCCGAAACGCAGACGCGAGUAAAGUAUAACGAGUGCUCGUUGCAAACAACUCGUCACUCGCUUCAAUGCGUUUAUUAACGUUUAAUCCUUGAUAAUUAUCUAUGCAUACAUAUAUUUAUAUAUCUUAAAUAUUUUUGAUGUUCGAUGUGUAUUUAUGUAGUUUGUAAGCGCAACACACACACACACACAAAACCCGUUAGAGAACGCCUAGCGUUUUAAAAAACAAAAAAGGUGACACACAAACUAUAGCGAGUAAAAGCUUACGAGUAAAUUAGACUCUUACUCGCUAGCGCGUCUAAACGUAUUGUAUACUUGUAUUCUAUCCUGUUAAUUAGCUUUUAAUCAAUCAUUUUUUUCAUAUUUAUUACUGCAAACUGUUUUCUUACCACACGAAUAACUCUAUAUAGUAUGUAUAUGUAUUUAUGUCUUUUGCUUAAGCUCAAGCGUAACUAGAUUGGUGCUCUUCCUUAAAUUGAAAAUAUGUAUGUAUGUAUGUAUGGUAUGUGCUAUGUGUUAAUGUAUUUACUUUUAUGCAUUUUAUGAGAGGCUAAGCUGUUUUAAUUUUUAUUUUAUUUAUGAACAAUUCUUCUAUGCAAGCAGUUACUACUAUAUACAAACAAUAUACAAACAU